UGAACAGAAUUGGAUUUUGGAAUUAUGAGAAUUAUUUGCAUUUUGUUUGAAAUAUUAAUAAUGUAGAAUGUAGAUACAGAAAGAUAAUAUAUACCAAGAAAUAAUAAAAAGUUAAAUAUCACGCAAUAGUAUUAAACGUUUAUCAGUUUGGUUUCGUACAAUUAUCGAGAUAAUUAAAAUGUAUUGAUUAGUUGAAAAUAGUGGUAAAUUUAAUAUAAUAUUUGAAUAUUUUUCAAAUUUAAAAAUCCAAUACCACACUUGAAUAUCGGUACUAUAUACUCUCUUUUCUAAGAUGAAAACCGCACAGGAGUUUAUACAGAAUUCUUUUUCUCCAAUCAUUGCAACAUUAUGCAGCGCAAAAGUUGAAAAUGUUGUUGGCAAAAAUAACUUAACCCUUUCAGAGUUAUUACAACCGUUUACCACUGUGGAUUGGGAAGGACAUAUUCGUGAACCAGGAGGAGGAGUAUGUGCUGUAAAAAAUUUUGAUUUGGUAAUAAGAGAUGUAAAUUGGAAACCUCUUCCACCAACUGAGGCAAGAAGACAACUCAACAAUGCAGUGUUACACAAUUACGAUGAAAAAGCUGUGCCAGUUAAAAUAGAAGGACACACUAUUGACAUACCUCAAGCCACACCCUGGUUUGAUGCUUGGCGAGAGACAUACCUUGAAGUUCAGUUUCCUUCAGACCAUGAAUUCACUAAACAUUUCCUGGCUUGUAUUAUUGUUGCAACUACAUUGGAUGAUAACAUAAUUGAUAUGUAUAAUGACUUGAAUCAACAGUUUGUGCAACUACAAAAUGUAGCUCCACCUAAAUUACCUAAAUGGUUUAACAAUGCUGUUUUGAAAUCUUAUCUUCUUAUACAUGAUGUAUCAACUGUUCCCCAGGAAAGAGCAGACAAGGCAUUUGAAACUUUAAAAGUGACUUUUGGUGCUUCAAACUGUUUUAUGUUAUCAAUAAAUUCUAAAUCUAGUGCUGAUCCCAAACUACCAAAUGAUUUUUGGGCCAAAUACUUGAGAAGAUCCCGGGAAUUAUCUAGUGAAUCACCUUCUCAAGUCCAGAUGUUUGACUCACAAACUACAUUCACACAAGUAACUACUCCAGAUGAGAAACCUACAGCUGCAACAUCUACAAAUCCUGAAGGAGUACAUCCUCUAACUACUACUGAAUCAGAUGUGUAUGAUAAUGCUAACAGCUUGGAGCCAUACUCGUUUUCUGGCAGUUCAGAAAGUGUUAAUGUUGCUGGCAAAACUCUAGACACUUCGGAAAUCCACGGAGCUGCAUUAAAUGUUAACGACAUCGAUGCAAUAAAAAGUUUCUUGCUUGAGUAUGUUUCAAAAGUUUUGGUGCCUCAUUUAGAAAAACAAAUCGCACAACUAAGUGAAGUUGUUGCAAAUAAAAAAGGUGUGAGUAGAUCUCUGCUAUCAGCUACAAAGCGAUGGUUCACUACUGGAAAAACUGGAGCUUCAACAGUUAACAAUACAGUUAUAUACUCUACGGAUUGUGCGGAACUACAGUUGCGGCGGCUAGGUGACCUGUGGUUUCUGUGCGGGCAAUGGCAGCGCGCGUUCGACGCGUACCACACCGCCAAGCGGGAGUUCUACGCCGACAGCGCGUGGCUCUGCUACGCCGGCGCGCUGGAGAUGGCUGCGCUCAGCGCUUUCAUGGCCGGAGAGGCCAAUAGAAAGACAUUCGGCUACAUGGAAGAGAGUAUUGUCACUUACCUCAAUACCUGUAGAAUGAUACAAUAUGCAGUGAGAGCCACUCUGCUGUCCGUCCCGUGUCUAAUCAGCUCCGGGCUGUACGGAGAAGCGGCCAAGCAACUCAUCCGCAUGACCUCUGAAGACAGCGAUUUGCGGAGUGCGAUGCUUCUCGAGCAGGCGGCUUUAUGCUUCUUAAAAGGGCCGAGCACUAAGAUCAUGUCGAGGAAGUACGCCUUCCACAUGGUGCUCGCAGGGCACAGGUUCUCUAAAGCUGGGCAGAAGAAACACGCGUAUAGAUGCUACAAACAAGCUUACCAGGUGUACUACGGUAGCGGCUGGCGGCUGUCGACGGACCACGUGCAGUUCGCGCUGGGGCGGCUGGCGGGCGCGCUGCGGCUGCCGCACGCUGCCGCGUCGUGGCUGGCCGCGCCGCUCGCGCCCAACUCGCCGCAGCCCGCCGCGCAGCAGGACGCCUUCCUGCGGGAGUUCAUGCUCGCACACCAGCAAUGGGUAGAGUCAUCGGAUGAGUACAAGGAACAACUGCCGGUGUUGCCGGUGCCUCUACUGUCGAGCGAAGAGACGGCGGUGCUGUGCGUGGGGCCCGCACCGCUGUCGUCCCCGGGACGCACGCCCGCUACGUCUUUGUCUCUGCCGCCGCAAGCGGACACGAGCGCGGACGACCCCUAUUGGCACAAACUGGAGGAGACCCUACUCCAGGUCGCACAGGGCAGUGUGCCGAUGAUAUUUAAACCGAGUAUAGAUUUGUAUACGCAAAAAACUGAUAGCCAGCCGAUAGUUCCGAAAGGAGAACCUAUACAAAUUUCCAUCACUUUAUAUAAUCCAUUAAAGGUUUCAUUACUUCUAAAAGAAAUAGAACUACUAUGGCAGUUCACUCCCGACGUGGAGGAAUCGGAAACAACUAAUGAAGAAGUCUUAAAUAACGAAACCAUGUUAGCUACAGGCCAAGUUAUUGAGAGCAAUGUGAUACAUGGUCAGAAGAUCAAGUCCUUUCUAUUAGACGGAGAUUGCAAAAAAACAUUGAAUUUUACUGUGAUACCUUUAAAGAUUGGCCAACUAGUUAUACAAGGGUUAGCCUUUAGAUUGAUAAAUGUUGGAGAAGAUAAACAGAAUGAAAACGGCGUGAAAGUUUUAGGGAAAUUAAAUUUACUAGGUAAUACCAACUUUUCGGACAAACUUCUUCAAAUAAAAGUUAUCCCUCAAUCGCCGUGCUUACAGAUGACACUGUCAGAAACUGGCGCCGAUGUCAUAAGUGGUGAAAUACUGACCGUGGACGUGGAGUUCCGGAACGUGGGCCCCGUGCCUCUGAGCAACCUGUACGUGGCCGUGUCGCACCCGGAGUGCAUGAGCGUGGUGAGCGCUGACGACGCUGCCGAUGAUUUCAAGGCCUUGUACGACGACAAGUACCGCCCACCGCCUGAUUUUUCGGACGAGCGCACAGCCCGAGCGGAGGCGCGCGCGCGGGCUGCGGCGCGGCGUGUGGCGCUGGUGGCGGCGGCGGGGGCGGCGGCGGGCACGGCGCGCGCGACGCUGUUGCUGCGCCCUACGGCGCGCGCGCCGCGUCUCUACCUGCUGGCCUAUUACGAGACCGGCCAGGGCGCGCGCGCGCACCGCCUGCUGAGACACGUCUUCCGCUUCAACCCCACUGAGACUGUUGAGAUUUUGGCCACGCCGCGAAGAGGAUUAGGACUUUCCGGCGAUCGCGUCUCAGAAAAUAUGAAUCUAACAGUUGAAAUCAAAAACAUAUGCAAUGAGAAACAGGACAACAUAACUAUCGAAGUGCUGGAAGCUACACUGCUAAGUAGGCAGUGGAAAUUAACGAACCUUACAACCUCAGUUGACUCCGCAAACAGUUUGAUAUCUCGAGAGAGAGCUCACCUCAUACUAAAAAGCGCGAGAUUUAUUGAAGAAAUACCUGAAGGCCAGGUGGAAUACUCCUGUCUCAAAAUCGCCAAACAUCAACCCGAAUGUACGGACGACAUCAACAAACCACCAUAUUCAAAGUUCGUUACAGACGACGCGCCUUCAUUAUUCGAUUUUAUAGAUACAGAAAACAAUAAAGAUAUAGAUGGAUUGAUACGAUCCAUGUUUGUAUUGAGAUGGAAGGCGUAUAACAAAAAGAGUGGACGCACAACUGUUGGACAACAUUGUCUAUGGUUGCAAUGUUUUGGCAAAUCGCUUACACAUAGACAAAAAGUUAUAGAUGUACCCAAUGUAUUACCACUCGAUAUCGAUACUCGUACAGACUCGAAGGAAAAAACUGAAAAUAAUAAUGUGGUCGUCUUCAAAUUAGAACACUCCAAUUAUAUAGACCACGAUUUUAAAGUAAACAGAUUGUGCAUGAUACCAGUGGUGAUCAACAUUGUCAACUGCUACGGAGUGCCUGUGAAGGUUUUUAUAGACAUGUCGAGACGACAAAAUAGAGACAAUUAUGGGGAACUUGGCUGGGCUGGUGCUUUAAGCAAUGGAUUAGACGUAGACUCGAAGGAUUUGGGCGUGAACGUUACUCUAAAUAAGUUUGAAACCCGUUGCUUACAGGUGCGAGCAUUGUGCGCGUCGCCGGGCACUUACUUGGUGGGGUCCGCGUUUUCCGUGAACACGCUGGUGGGCGCGGACACUCGCGCCACCACCCGCUUCCCCAACAGCGCCUCGCUUCUCGUCGUCAAACAAACUGCUUGAUUGUAUACUCGACGUAUUAUGUACAUACUCGUAUUUUAAUGCUUGAUAAAUUUAAUAUAUUAUGUAAUACAAGUCAUGUUUAAAAUAAAAUUAUUAUUAUUAUACAAAUACAAA